AUGGCGCACCGAGCUCAACCGUCAAAAAAGCCCAAGAAGAAGAAGGACAAGACAACUACCAAGCGGCCAUCAAAGCGGGCCCGGGCCACCGAGGAGGAGGAGGAGGGUGAGACAGAGGUGCCGAUACCAGAGAAGCUGGAAAAGAACCCGUUUGGGGAAGACCCCGACAAGACCACCAAGUUGCUAAGCCUCAUAACCGACAACGAGGAUUGGAGGAACAAGCUCUUCCCGCCCCCUGGCCAGAACGCGUCAACAGAGAAAGGCGGUGGUCUGUCUGCAUCAUCCGUGCACUGGAUGCUGGCCAAGGCACUCUGGGGCGAAGACCACAAUGCCUAUAUCAACUGGCUUUCGGGACAUACAAGAAAAGCCAAGGAACGUGCUGCUGUCGGCGAUAGAGUCAAAAAUCGGCUGAAAAAGCUCUGCGUCCGUACAAGCGAAAUACGAAAGGAGAUGAAGCAAACGGGUGCGGGGAACCAGAUGACCAAGGAGGAACACGACAAUCUCCCUCAAGACGAUGAGCGACGCUCUGCGUGGGGUGCCAAAUUGGACACUUUUCCAUGGUACUGGACCAUGAUAGACCUCAUUGGGACUCGACCUAACUCGCAACCUGUCGCCAUUGGCAACAGCACUUCAACGGAUUUCCUGUCAGUCGAUGAUGGGACUGAGCACUCUGACAGUGCCCCCCCGCCUUUGCACGAUUCCGAUGACGACGACAAUAACAACUCUCGGGACGAGAAGGACUCCGACGAUAAGUCAUCUGAUGACGACGAUGACGACGCAGAGAUUGUGGAGUUGUCAACGGAGGAACGGAAGCGUAAACGAACUGGGGCACGGCCAUCUCCCUUCACACCAGCAAAGGCAGCAAAAGAAGCACAGCCUGUCCCUGCAGGGAAGAAGGGUAAAGCGACGGACUUGGGCACGAUGGUAGAGCAGGAAAACGACCUACAACGAAAACAACUCAAGCUGGCCAGUCUCGAAAUAACCGCCGAUAUCGAGCGCAGUAAGGCGAAGGCUAUCCAUUUGAAGGAGGUGAUGGGCCGGCAGAUGGAAAUGAAGCUGGAGCGGGAGAAGCGGAAGUCGACAAAUGAGAAAUUUGAGCGGAAAAUGAAGUUGUUGGAGGCGGAGAGGAAAUUCGGGCCCGAUGCAGUGCGGAGUAUGUUCUCCGAAGAAUAUAAGCAGGUCGACAUCGACACCUCGGGCUACAGCUCCACGUCCAACUCUCUCCAUGGUUCGCCAGGCCCGCCGCGCCUCUCAUUUGGCUUUCCCUCCGGAUCGGAGGGUGGACCAGAGACCCAAGAUAUGUUUUCUUCCAUGAAUGGGUCAUUGGGACUGUACAACUCUGGGGGGAAAUUGGAUGUAGUAAACAUAUAUUUACUCAAAACCUAG